AUGACCAGGAAUUUCACCGUGGGCGUUUUAGCUCUCCAAGGUGCGUUCGCAGAACAUUUGCAACAUUUGGCCCUGGCAGCUGAAACACCUAACCUUUCCAAAUACACCUUCACAUUUCUUCCUGUCCGCACCCCAGACCAACUUGCUACUUGCCAUGCGCUCAUCAUUCCAGGUGGUGAAUCCACCUCCAUGUCGCUUAUUGCAGAACGAACAGGUAUGUUGCAACCAUUGGUGGAUUUUGCUGCCUCUUCCAAACCAGUGUGGGGCACAUGCGCGGGCCUCAUUUUCCUCGCCUGCGAAAUAUCCAAUGCUCGGCCCCAUCAGAAGGCAUUGGGUGGAAUGUCGGUGCUGGUGGCAAGAAAUGCGUUUGGUCGCCAGCUCGACCUGUUUGAAUUGGGCCAGGAUUUCUCCCUGUUUGCGCCCGGUUUGAGGGAUUUUCCUACGGUUUUUAUCAGGGCCCCAGUGGUGACUGGAGUGGUGUCAGGUGCGAAGCCAGUGCCAGUGGGCCCGCGGGGCAUUACCCAGGGCGAGUUUGGCACUGUAGUGCGCACUGAUUGUUCCAACAUGGCUCCCGUGGAGAUUCUACAUACUUUGGACAAUGGCUUGGUUGUGGCGGUUCGUCAAGGAAGGAAGUUGGGAACAUCAUUCCAUCCAGAGCUUGCGAAUGAUACCAGGUUUCAUGGGUGGUUUUUAGAAGAGUUUGUCGUGGCAUCGGUGUGA